CCCUGGGCCCUAGCGAGCCGCAAGCGCACCGCGGCAGGGUGCAUAGCCCCUGCAGAGAGCGAAGCGGCGCGGCGCGCAGGCACCAUGGGCUCCAUGUUCCGGAGUGAGGAGGUGGUCCUGGUCCAGCUCUUCCUGCCCACGGCUGCUGCCUACGCCUGUGUGAGCCAGCUGGGCGAGCUGGGGCUCGUGGAGUUCAGAGACCUCAAUGAGUCGGUGAGCGCCUUCCAGAGGCGCUUCACAGUGGACAUUCGGCGCUGUGAGGAGCUGGAGAAGACCUUCACCUUCCUAGAGGAGCAGGUGCGGCGGGCUGGCCUGGCACUGCCCCCUCCCGAAGGGAGGCUGCCAGCACCCCCGCCACGUGACCUACUGCGCAUCCAGGAAGAGACAGAGCGCCUGGCCCAGGAGCUGCGGGAUGUACAGGGCAACCACCAGGCCCUGCGGACCCAGCUGCACCAGCUGCAGCUCCACUCGGCCGUGCUGCAGCAGAACCACGGCCCUCCGCCGGCCGCUGCCCACACGGAUGGGCCCUCUUCAGAGAGAACUCCCCUGCUCCCGCCUCGCCAGGGACCGCACCAGGACCUGAGGGUCAACUUUGUGGCAGGUGCCGUGGAGCCCCGCAAGGCUGCGGCCCUGGAGCGCCUGCUGUGGAGAGCCUGCCGCGGCUUCCUCAUCGCCAGCUUCCGAGAGGCCGACAGGCAGCUGGAGGACCCGCUGACGGGUGAGCCUGUGACCUGGAUGACCUUCCUCAUCUCCUACUGGGGUGAGCAGAUUGGACAGAAGAUCCGCAAGAUUACGGACUGCUUCCACUGCCACAUCUUCCCAUUCCUGGAGGAAGAGGCGGCCCGGCAUGGGACCCUGCAGCAGCUGCAGCAGCAGAGCCAGGAGCUGCAGGAGGUCCUCCGGGAGACAGAAGGGUUCCUGAGCCAGGUGCUGGGCCAGGUGCAGCAGCUGCUGCCACGGGGGCUGGUGCAGGUCCACAAGAUGAAGGCAGUGUACCUGGCCCUCAACCAGUGCAGCGUGAGCAGCACGCACAAGUGCCUCGUCGCGGAGGCCUGGUGUGCCACGCAAGACCUGCCCGCCCUGCAGCAGGCGCUGCGGGAGAGCUCGAGCGAGGCGGGGGUGAGUGCCGUGGCUCACCGCAUCUCCAGCAGGGACAUGCCCCCGACCCUCAUCCGCACCAACCGCUUCACGGCCAGCUUCCAGAGCAUCGUGGAUGCCUACGGCGUGGGCUGCUACCAGGAGGUCAACCCCGCUCCUUACACCAUCAUCACCUUCCCCUUCCUCUUCGCCGUCAUGUUUGGCGACGUGGGCCACGGGCUGCUCAUGUUCCUCUUUGCCCUGGCCAUGGUGCUGGCGGAGAACCGGCCAGCCGUGAGGACUGCGCAGAAUGAGAUCUGGCAGACCUUCUUUGGGGGCCGCUACCUGCUCCUACUCAUGGGCUUGUUCUCCAUCUACACCGGCUUCAUCUACAACGAGUGCUUCAGCCGCGCCACUACCAUCUUCCCCUCGGGCUGGAGCGUGGCCGCCAUGGCCAACCAGUCAGGCUGGAGUGACGCGUUCCUGUCCCACCACCCACUGCUCACCCUGGACCCCAAUGUCACUGGUGUCUUCCUGGGACCCUACCCCUUUGGCAUCGACCCGCUGGUGCCAAGCCUCUUCUGUGUGCCAGGCACGGGGGACAGCCAGCACUUGCCUGGCUGGGCCUGUCACCAUCACCAGGUCUGGAGCCUGGCCACCAACCACCUGAGCUUCCUCAACUCCUUCAAGAUGAAGAUGUCUGUCAUCCUGGGGGUGACCCACAUGGCCUUCGGGGUGCUCCUCGGAGUCUUCAACCAUGUGCACUUCCGCCAAGGGCACCGGCUGCUGCUGGAGACCAUGCCUGAGCUCAUCUUCCUGCUGGGCCUCUUUGGCUACCUUGUCUUCCUGGUCAUCUACAAGUGGCUGUGUGUGACCGUCACGCAUGCUGCCUCUGCCCCCAGCAUCCUCAUCCACUUUAUCAACAUGUUCCUCUUCUCCAGCAGCCCCACCAACCAGCCGCUCUACUCUGGGCAGGAAGUGGUGCAGCACGCAUUGGUGGUCCUGGCCUUGGCCAUGGUGCCUGUCCUGCUGCUGGGCACACCCUUGUACCUGCUGCACCGGUGGCAGCGAAGCCGCCACUCACCGAGGCCAGCUGUGGGCCAACAGGACAACAAUGAGGACAAGGCCAGGUGCGUGGACUCCUCCGAUGCUUGCGAGAAGGGCUGGAGCUCUGACGAGGAGAAGGCGAGGUGCCCAGGGGGUGAAGAGGAGGCCGAGUUUGUGGCCUCCGAGGUCCUGAUGCACCAGGCCAUCCACACCAUCGAGUUCUGUCUGGGCUGCAUCUCCAACACGGCCUCCUACCUCCGCCUCUGGGCCCUGAGCCUGGCCCACGCCCAGCUGUCCGAGGUGCUGUGGGCCAUGGUGAUGCGCGUGGGCCUGCGCAUGUGCGGGGAGGUGGGCGUGGUGUCUGUGGUGCUGGUCCUGGUCUUUGCCGCCUUCGCAGUGAUGACCGUAGCCAUCCUGCUGGUAAUGGAAGGGCUGUCUGCCUUCCUGCACGCCCUGCGGCUGCACUGGGUGGAGUUCCAGAACAAGUUCUACGCAGGCACGGGCUACAAGCUGAGCCCCUUCACCUUCGCCAUCCAGGACGAAUAGCGCCCCCUGCGGGCCAUGCCCUCCUCCUUACCUUCCUAAGGCAGAAAAGGAAUAAAGAGCCCCAGGCCCAGGAACCGCACCCAGGCCUCUUCCUCCCCCAGGGGCUGGACUGAGACCAGGAGGGCAGGGCCCUGGGUACCAGGCUCUGCCA